AUGUCUGAAGAGGAAGAAAUCACUUAUGAAGAAGAGGAGGAAGAGGAAUAUGUGGAAGAAGAAACGGAAGAAACUGUUGUUGAGACAAAGCCACAAGUGCCACCUUCCAAGCCUACACCCGCUCCUCCUCCUCCCCCUGCCACUGUCCCUCCCCUUCGUCGAAAAUCUUCUGCUAAUUAUCGAGCCUAUGCCGUUGAGCCACAUGAUAAGAGAAAAUCCAAGAUAUCAGCAUCCCGGAAACUGCAACUUAAGACACUGUUGCUCCAGGUGGCAAAGCAUGAAAUGGAAAAGGAGGAAGAAGAGAGAGUUCAGGAGAAAGAGCGAUACCUCUCAGAACGCUGCACACCUUUAGAACUGGCAGGCCUUGGUCUCGCAGAGUUGCAGGAGAUGUGCCGGGUACUCCACAGACAGGUUGACAAAGUUGAUGAAGAGCGCUAUGACAUGGAAGCCCGGGUCAGCAAAAGUGUCAAUGAGAUUGAGGAUCUGAACCAAAAGAUCUUUGACCUACGAGGCAAGUUCAAACGUCCAGCUCUUCGCCGUGUCCGUCUCUCAGCGGAUGCCAUGAUGCAAGCCCUACUCGGCACCAAGCACAAGGUCUCCAUGGAUCUGCGGGCCAAUCUCAAACAAGUCAAGAAAGAUGAUACCGAGAAGCAGGAGAAUCGGGAAGUGGGUGACUGGCGCAAGAACAUUGAUGCUCUGAGUGGCAUGGAGGGCCGCAAGAAGAAGUUUGAGGCCUCUCCUGCAGGACAAGCCUGAAUUCUGGGAUGGGCUCCUUGAUUGGCAGUUGCUGUGGAAAUCUACCCACAUGAAGAUCUUCCAACCUAGAAUAUGUCCUCAUUAUCUGUAGUGUAUGAAUUUGGCAGGGAGGGUUCUGUGUGGAGAAGAUCUUCCUGCUCCUAGGAACAUUUGCCAACAAGUAUUGAUAAAUCAAAUUUGAAGAACAUUUAGGAGGAAAGAAUCAAAUAUAAUUUAAGCUCUAGGGUGUAUCCACUCUGCACCAUUGUAUCAACUUAAUACCAUUUUCAUUGCCAUGGCGCCAUCAGGUAGAAUCCUAGAAUUUGUAGUUUGAAGAAGGGCUGUUUGGAGAAGGGCAGAAACGUUUCUGUAGU